AUGCCUCCCGUCCGUCGACCGCUCGAAAACCGCCGCGCUGGCCCGACCGUCGUUACAUCGGACAACGGUGUCCGCAUCAUUCCCAGGAGGGACUGUUCGUUCUGCGCCGAGCACGGUCUCGCCUGCGAGAUGAACCUCGUCACUAUCAGAAACCUGACCAGGGUGUCUUGUGACUCCUGCCGCGCUCAUCAUAAUAUCUGCCCUGCUCAAGGAGCGUUCCGCAAGGCCAAGGCCCCGAAGAUCGGAGAGAUACGGCGCUGCCUGAAGAGGAUCGACCAAGAGCGAGUCGCUGAUUCCGACUUCAACGACGACGAUGAUGUCGUUGAAGUGCUCGACGAUGCCGGCGCCCAGAAGGGCGGCACACGACCGGCGGCCCGCCGCGCUGCCAAGAGGGCGAAGACGGCGAUUUCUUCCGCCUACGCUGAACUCAGCCCUCUCCUGCAAUCAAGCUCCGCAGCCGCUCGAGCUCCGGCAAGCCAGGAGCGUCGAGACGCCCGAUCGUGCUUCACCGAGGUCGAAGUCGUGGUCCCGCGCUCGGGACAGGGCAGCCGCGCGAGGCCCCGUGCAUCCUCCUCCGGCGCUGGAAGGCGCUUCGAGACGCUCCUGGUCGAUGCCACCGAGCUGAUCUCGGACCUGAUCCAGCUGGUCGAGGGCAAAGGCGACGACGAGUACAAGCGCAAGUACAAAAUGUACAAGCACGGGCUCGACGCUAUCGAUGCGCGGCUGCGCGUCGAAGCCGCCCAUCUCGGUGUCGAGCUUCCCACGUCGCAGACGUGA